GUAUCGGAAAUUCCCUAAAUCAUAUGAGAAACCUCCAUUCUUAUUUAAAUAUUAAGGAAUUCAUUGUCCCACUUUACAUUUAUAUUUUUACUUUUAUAAUUUCUUUUAAAAUUUGAAAGUAGAGCUGUUACUGCAGAUGGCUAACGCUUAUCACGAAGCGAAAUCAGAUGACGCCUACGAAAUUAGAAUAAUAUCGCCAGAAACCAAAGAAAGAAAAAAUGUUUUAGUUGAAAUGAUGGAUGUGAAUGGCGACGACAAUAAAGUGCUUGUGGUGAAGACUAGUAUAUUACUGGAAGAGAUGGUAGAAAACCCAAAUGACUACUAUAUGGUUGCUAUCAACAAGCGCGAAGCAGAGAGAGUAAUGGAUGAUGAUGCAAGCAUACUUGAUUAUUUUGAAGAAAUGAGUAAUGGGCAUUUUGAAUUUCGUUUAAAGGAAUAAAUACAUUAUUUUAUUAAUGUUUAUAUGAAUAUAUGAAUAUAUGUAAAUAAACUUUAAUAUACCAUUCCGAUUUUACUCCUUU